CAUCCUGGCCUCUUGCCACACCGCGAACGUUUGUGCGCAGACCAACCAGCUGAGGCGCUGGGUCGAGUACAAGGGCAGCGAGGGCACUCCACAGGCGUCGGCGGAGAUCAUGAAUCUGGGCAUGGGCUGCGGGGGCAUCGCGGCCCUGAUCGCUGGAUCCCUGGUUGCCCGCAGACCGCUCCCGGGGCGGCCAAGGCCACAGCUUGGUGCGCACCACUCGGGCCCCAGACCCGAGGGCAUCUUCCUACCCACCCGCUCGGUUUCUUGGCAGGACAGGGCCUGUGGUAACGGAGCUGCUGGAACGAGGUCCGCGUGGACCUCCCCCUCCCCUCCGGAGCUGUCAGCGCGGACCUCCGGGAUUUGAGCCCCCAGGGUCCCAGCGCUCUAACAGUGUCCCUCCUCGCCCUCCUCCUCCUUCUCACCCCUCCUCUCCCUCCGCUUCGGCCUCCCUUCCGUCGCCAGAGGCCUGUGGAGACCUCCAGAGGCCCUAGAAGCACCGCGGGGGCCUUUUCAGGGACCUCCUGGGAACCUCCAGAGGGACUCUUCGC